AUGGCCGGAUCCAAAGCGCCCGAGUUGUCCACCAAGAUGAUCACAACUCCCAAUUCAGCCAAGCCUGCCAAACGGAAGCGUGACUUGGAUGCACCUCGAACACAAACCCCAACCCCAACAAAGAAGCCCAAGAAGCGUAGUAGUCUUCCCGCUUCAUCAGCCACAGACGAUGGCAGCAGCACCAAGAAACGCAAGCGAGUCAAAGAUGCGCUUCAGGGUGAAAAUACCCCGAAACCGAGCGCACAAGAAAGUUCUGUCUCGCCAGACAGCAGCAAAAAAGCUACUGCAGACCCGGACCUCCUCAGCACUAAGGAAAGAAAGAAAUCAAAAGAGAGCAAGGGAAAAAUCUCUAAGGAGCGCGACACAACUUCUGAUGAACCUUCAGCUGUGACAGCAAAGUCCCCCGAUUUCCAGGAGAUGGGUGUCUCUUCGGAUAAUAUGGACGAGGAGAAAUCAUCCAAAGCCAAGCACGCAGGAAUUUAUUCCAAGUUUGAACGGACAAAAGCAGUUGCCAGCAAAAUGACGAAGAAGCAUAAACCCGAAGAAGUGGAAGCAGCCGAGAAUGCCAUUGAACCGGUGAUUGCACAAGGCCUAGAACCCCUACCUCAGCCCGAAAAUCCGCCCGAGCUAGAGGUAGUCCCGACUUAUUCUUCUUUGCCAGCCUGGCUAGCGGAACCUGUGCGAACAUCAGCAAAUGAGCGAUCUAAGUUUUCCGAACUAGGCAUCAAACCCGAUCUCUUGCGCAUUCUCGACCAGCACAAUUACAAGGAGGCAUUCGCUGUCCAGUCUACAGUCAUUCCUCUUCUCCUGGAUGGAAGCAAGAAUCACCCCGGUGAUUUGUGCAUUUCGGCCGCCACUGGAUCCGGAAAAACGCUCUCCUACGUACUUCCGCUUGUCACCUCUUUGAAACCCAGACCCGCAUCAAGACUUAGAGGACUUAUUGUGGUCCCUACGAGAGAACUUGUCAAACAGGCUCGCGAAGCUUGCGAACUUUGCGCCUCUGGAUCACGUCUUCAUAUCGGAAGCGCAGUCGGCAAUGUAGCUAUCAAAGAGGAACAAAAGCUUCUUAUGAGAGUAGACCAUGUGCACAACCCUUCAACUGUUGCGCAGCGCCAAAAGACCGGCCUGCAAGGCAAUGACUGGAUGAACUUCAGCCUUGAGGAUUGUGUGACCGAGGCCGUUGAGUCCACCGGAUUUCUUCCAGGUUAUAUCCAGCGGUCAGAGCCCAACGUUGAUAUUCUUAUCUGUACGCCCGGUCGUUUGGUGGAUCAUAUUCGCUACACGAAAGGCUUCUCCCUCAAGCACCUUGAGUGGCUAGUGAUUGAUGAAGCUGAUCGGUUGCUAAAUGAGAGCUUUCAAGAAUGGGUGGAUGUGGUCAUGAGAUCUUUGGACGCACGUCAAGUCCCUGAAACUUUUGGGCCUGGCGGUAAACUAUUGUCUGACCUUGGUCUUUCAAUUGAAACCAAGCCUCCCAGGAAGGUUGUAUUGAGUGCCACCAUGACCCGCGAUAUCUCGAAAUUAAACUCUUUGCGUCUGACCAACCCGAAGAUGGUUAUCAUUGGUGCUGAGAAUACAAUGGAUUCCGAGGAUCCAUAUGCUGCCAACACCGAUGCCCAUUUCACUUUGCCUCCUACCUUGCAUGAGCGCAUGGUUGCUGUCGGAGAUGAAGGCCAAAAGCCAUUGUAUCUCCUGCGUUUGCUCCUUUCACAUAUCAAAAUUGGUGUGGACACCUCUGUGUCUGAUACCUCCGACGAUAGCUCUAGUUCUGAUGACACAAGCUCAGAUGAGUCUUCUGAUGAUGAUUCCGAUAAUGACACAUCUUCUGGCUCAGACUCUGAUUCCGAUUCCGAUUCCGAUUCCGAUUCCAGCUCUGGUUCAUCGAGCGAUUCUGAGGAUUCCGAGGAUUCUAUCUCUGAUUCUGUUGAUCUUGUCCCCGAUUCCAAGGUUUCACCUACAACUGUUUUGAUCUUCACCAAGUCUUCUGAAUCCGCAUCGCGACUGUCUCGUCUCAUCUCCCUUUUCCACCCUUCGCUUGCCAGCCGCAUGGGAACAAUUAUCAAGUCAAGCAAUUCUGCCGCAUCCCGCAAAACCCUGACAGCCUUUCGACAAGGCCGUAUCUCCGUCAUUGUGGCCACAGAUCGAGCCUCGCGCGGAUUAGAUCUGUCUUCUUUGACGCAUGUUGUGAACUAUGACGUUCCUACCAGUGUUACCACCUAUGUCCAUCGUGUUGGAAGAACCGCCCGUGCUGGCCGAGAGGGAUAUGCAUGGACUCUUGUCGCUCACCGUGAGGGGCGAUGGUUCGCCAACGAAAUCUCGACCAACACCGACGGCCGUAUCACGCGUAAGGCUUCAAUCGACCGAGUCCAAGUCAAGCUUGAUACGCUGAAGUCUCUUGAAGCCAAUUAUGCUGCAGCACUCGACGAGCUUGAGAAGCAAGUCAAAUCACGACCGUCGAGCAAGAAGUAA